GGCGCUGCACUACAAGAGAAGAGUGGACCAACUCUGCUGGUUUCCCUGGAUGAUGCCUGAAUUAACUCAUCGUUGCAAACAGAGGUGCCAAGCAAUAUUGAGUAUGACACAUUUAAAAGGAGUAUCUAGAAAGACAUGCUGUCUAUCCAUGUGAUGUUUAAGUUUUUCUCUCCUACUUACCCUCCUCCUCACAUAUUUACUGGAGUGUUUCAUGCCUCUGACUCACGACUGAGGUUGCCCUCCGGAAUUCACUCCUCUAUCUUGAGCACAUCUGUGUGUUUCAGUUUCCUCUGAGGGGCUCCCUGUCUCUCAGCCGAAUAUGAUUCGGUGCUUUGAAUAAGUUUGAAGUGUAUCAAAAUGCUGCGGGUCAUUGUUGAGUCCGCUAGUGGGAUACCCAAAAAGAAAAUUGGAAACCCAGAUCCCAUUGCUUCGGUUGUCUUCAGAGGUGAAAAGAAGAAAACCAAAGCAGUUGACAAUGAAUUGAAUCCUGUAUGGAACGAAGUGCUUGAAUUUGAUCUUAAAGACUCUGCCUUGGAUGCAUCUUCAUUCAUUAACGUGGUUGUCAAAGACUAUGAAACAAUCGGCAAAGACAAGUUAAUUGGAUCGGCAACAAUCUCUCUAAGAGACUUUGCCAGUGGCAACGUGAGAUCCAUCCCAUCCAAGAACGUGCCGUUGAUCAAUGAGAAACAGAAGGCUGUUGGGGCAACAAUCAAUUUGCUUAUUGGGUAUGAGCUACCUGCCAACGCUAUGCCAAACCUAAAUGACCGACCUGACGUAGACAUGUCCAAUGUGGAUGGUGGAGGAGGUGAUGAGGGUGACGAGGGGGAAUCAGAUGUGGAGGGGGGAGGUCAGAGUGGAAGCCCAGGAGCUCCCACUUCAACAAACCUGCCUGGGAAACUCAGCCACAAGCCACAGCGUCUCAGCCGUAAAAGGCAUCGGGCCCUGGCCAACAAGCCUCAGGACUUCCAGAUUCGUAUUCGGGUUAUCGAGGGUCGACAGCUGCCCGGCAACAACAUCAAGCCAGUGGUUAAGGUGAAUGUAUGUGGGCAGACACACAGGACCAGAAUAAGGAGAGGAAAUAACCCGUUUUUCGACGAGAUGUUUUUCUACAAUGUUAACAUGCUUCCCUCAGAAUUGUUUGAUGAAAGCAUCAGUCUUCGGGUUUAUGACUCCUACUCCCUCAGAUCUGACAGUCUAAUGGGAGAAUUCAAGCUGGAUGUCGGCUACGUCUACGAUGAAUCAGGUCAUGCCAUAAUGAGGAAAUGGCUCCUGCUGAGUGAUGCUGAUGACUCUAGCUUGGGGGCCAGAGGUUACCUGAAAGUCAGCAUAAUUGUUGUGGGCACUGGAGAUGAGCCACAAACUGAGAGGAGAGACAUAACUGAGGAUGAGGACGACAUAGAAAGUAAUCUCUUGGUGCCAGCCGGUGUCACAAUGCGAUGGGCCACACUCAGCCUCAAGGUGUACCGUGCCGAGGAUAUGCCGCAGAUGGAUGAUGCCUUCAUCCAGACGAUAAAACAGGUCUUUGGAGGGGAUGGAGACAGAAAGAACUUGGUGGAUCCAUAUUUGGAAGUCAGCUUUGCUGGGAAGAAGCUGUGCACCAAAAUCAUUGAGAAAAAUGCUAAUCCGGAGUGGAAUCAACUCAUCAAUCUCCAAGUCAAGUUCCCGUCCAUGUGUGAACGCGUCAAGCUGACUAUGUAUGACUGGGAUCGUCUCACAAACAAUGACGCCAUAGGAACAACGUUCUUAAACCUAAGCCAAAUGUCUUCCUCUGGUGGAGAGGUUGAAGACGCACGGGCUGAUUGCAACCCAGGGUCUGAAAUGAGCACAGCAGCUUCAGAGAUUGGAUUUCUUCCAGCUUUUGGGCCCUGCUAUGUCAACCUGUACGGUAGCCCGAGAGAAUUUACUGGCCUGCCCGACCCAUAUGAUGAACUCAACUUUGGAAAGGGUGAGGGGGUCGCCUACAGAGGGAGGGUCCUUGUUGAGCUGUCCACUCAGCUGGAUGGAAAGGUUGACAAGAAUGUGGAUGAUAUCUCCAGUGAUGACGUCCUGGUUUCACAGAAAUACCAGCGGAGGAGGAAGUUCUCCCUGUGCGCUGUGUUUCACAGUGCGUGCAUGCUUCAAGUGCCGGGGGAGCCUAUCCAGUUUGAGGUCAGCAUUGGUAACUAUGGUAACAAGCUGGACUCCACCUGCAAACCGCUGUCGUCGACCACCCAGUACAGCUACGCUGUGUUUGAUGGUAAUCACUACUAUUACCUGCCCUGGGCUGACACUAAGCCUGUCGUGAUUCUCACGUCAUACUGGGAAGACAUCAGCCACCGUCUGGACUCUGCCAACCUACUCCUCUUCAUCGCUGAGAGACUGGAGUCCCACCUCACCUCUUUAAAAACAGCCAUGUUAGCCAAAGUGCCUGAAACACGUCUGAUAGAGAUUUGGCUCAAACUCAUCAACCACAUGCUUGAGAAUCUGAACAGUUUCCAGCUCCCAGUGCUGGAGGGCAAGCCCAAUGUGACCGCAUUGGAUCUCCAGUUGAAAACGCUGCGAGACGCUGCUGUGAACAGCAUCAAAGAGAUGGCCACUCGCAUGAAACAGGAGGCUAAGAUUGUCAAGGACACUGUUGGCGACAUUGAGGACUGGUUGGAAAGAAUCAAGCAGCUGGCAGAGGAGCCUCAGAACAGCAUGCCUGAUGUGAUCAUCUGGAUGUUAAGAGGAGAGAAGCGGGUGGCUUUUGCUCGAGUCCCAGCAAACCAGAUCCUGUACUCUGAGUUUAGCGAACAGGCGCGUGGCAAGCACUGCGGACGGACUCAGACCAUCUUCAUGCAGUACCCUAUGGACAAAAACAAAGGGGAGAAGGUCCCUGUUCAGCUGCGGGUCAACAUGUGGCUCGGACUCUCUGCUAAUGAGACGAAGUUCAACAGCUUCUCAGAGGGAAACUUCAGCGUGUAUGCUGAAAUGUAUGAGAACCAGGCCCAUGUUUUAGGGAAGUGGGGAACUACCGGUCUGGUUGGUCGCCAUAAGUCCUCAGAUGUGACUGGAAAGGUGAAACUCAAACAAGAACGCUUUCUGCCCCCCCCUGGAUGGGAAUGGGAUGAGGACUGGUUUGUUGACCCUGAGCGAAGCCUGUUGACAGAAGCAGACGCUGGACACACAGAGUUCACAGACGAGGUUUUUGAGAACGAAACACGUUUCCCUGGUUUGGAUUGGAAGGCUGCUGAAGAGCCAUACACAGACGUGAAUGGAGAAAAGGUUCAAAGCCCAGCAGAGUUUGAGUGUCCACCCGGAUGGAAAUGGGAGGAUGUCUGGAGCUUUGACAGCAACAAGGCUGUUGAUGAGAUAGGAUGGGAAUAUGGUGUUACCAUUCCUCCCGAUGACAAACCCAAAUCCUGGGUCGCAGCUGAGAAGAUGUAUCAUGUCCAUCGCAGGAAGAGACUUAUAAGACCACGGAAGAAGACAUCUGAUAAAAUGGCUGUUGCUGAGAGGCGAGACCCAGGGGAAGGCUGGGAAUACUCAUCCCUGAUUGGCUGGAAGUUUCACAGGAAGGAGCGCUCCUCUGACACGUUCCGCCGCCGUCGCUGGAGAAGAAAGAUGGUUCCGUCAGACUGCAUCGGGUCCUCUGCCAUCUUCAGGCUGGAAGGGGCAUUGGGUGUUGAUGUCGAUGAGAAGGCCAGUAAAACGGAUGCAGCAAAACUAUUUGGUGCCAACACACCCACUGUUUCCUGCCACUUUGGCCAGUCUUAUCUCUACCAUCUGAGAGUGUACGUGUAUCAGGCGAGGAAUCUCUGUGCCAUGGACAAAGACAGCUUCUCUGAUCCUUACGCCCAUGUGUCAUUCCUCCAUUUGAGUAAGACCACAGAAGUCAUAAGGUCCACCCUGAACCCCACAUGGGACCAGACGCUCAUCUUUGAGGACAUUGAGAUCUACGGAGACCCAAAAACUAUUGCCCGCAACCCUCCUGAUGUGGUGCUGGAGCUAUGUGACAGUGAUCAAGUAGGCAAAGAUGAACCCAUGGGUCGCUGUGCGUGCCCUCCUGUGGUGAAGCUGAACCCCAGUGUGGCUGUCAGCCCUAAGCUGCUGUGGUUCCCUGUCAACAAAAAAGGUCGUAAUGCCGGAGAGAUACUUGUGGCUGCAGAGCUCAUACUGAAGCACAAGGUAAAGAAGACACUGAAGAAAGUAAACAUGUUGAUUCACUUUUACAGUACUGAGAAAGUGAUGCUUUUCUUUGUUCUCCAGGGGAAUGAAGGAGAAAUGCCUCUGCUGCCUUCUCGCAGAGGGGAGAUGCUCUACAUGGUUCCCCAGGGCAUCAGGCCUGUCGUGCAGCUCACUGCGAUUGAGGUCUUGACUUGGGGCUUGAGGAACAUGAAGACCUACCAGUUGGCCACAGUAACCUCUCCUAGUUUGAUUGUCGAGUGUGGUGGAGAAAUUGUGCAAACUGCUGUAAUCAAGAACUUCAAAAAGAAUCCCAACUUCCCCGGAUCUGUGCUGCUCCUCAAAGUGCUUCUUCCCAAAGAGGAGAUGUACACCCCUCCCAUCGUGCUGAAGGUAAUCGACCACCGGCCUUUUGGUAGGAAGCCAGUAGUGGGUCAGUGCACCAUCGACUGCCUGGAGCAGUUCCGCUGUGAUCCAUAUCGCAUUAACAAUGAAGUCUGCAUGUCUGCUAGAGUGGCGAUGAUAGCUGCUGCCCAGGCAGAUAUUGUCAUAGACAUCGAUGAAAGACCUAUCGUCAAAGCCGAGCUUCAUGCAGAAAUGGAGAAGGAAGCAGUAGACUGGUGGAGUAAGUUCUUUGCCUCUAUUGGAGAGCAGGAGAAGUGUGCGCCUUACCUGAAAAAGGGAUACGACACAUUACAGGUUUUUAACAGUGAACUUGAAGAGGUUCCAGAGUUCCAGGGACUCACUGAUUUCUGCAGCACUUUCAAACUUCAGCGAGGAAAGACAGAGGAUGAGGAAGAUGACCCCUCAGUGGUGGGAGAGUUCAAGGGCUCAUUCAAGAUUUACCCACUGUCGGAUGACCCGGGGGUGCCAGCUCCACCCCGCCAGUUCAAAGAGCUCCCUGAGAGCGGACCGCAGGCCUGCCUUGUCAGAAUUUAUGUGGUGCGCUGUCUUGACCUGCAGCCUAAGGAUACAAAUGGCAUGUGUGACCCAUACAUUAAGAUAUCCUUGGGAGGCAAAACACUGGAUGACAGAGAUAACUACAAACCAAACACACUUCAUCCAGAGUUUGGGAGGAUGUUUGAGAUGUCCUGCUUCAUGCCUCAAGACAAGGACCUGAAGAUUGCUGUAUAUGACUAUGACUUACUGACCAGAGAUGAAAAAGUGGGUGAGACAGUCAUAGAUUUGGAGAACAGACUCCUGUCUCGUUUCAGGCCCUGCUGCGGCCUGCCACAGACCUACUGUGUCUCAGGGAUCAAUCAGUGGAGAGACCAGCUGAAGCCGUCUCAGAUCCUGCAGAACGUAGCCAGAGUGAGAGGCGUCCCUCCUCCACGCAUCGAGGGAGAUGGCAGCUCGCUCUCUUUCUCAGGAAAGGAAUACCACCUGCAAGACUUUGAGGCAAACACUGCGAUCCACCUGCAUUUAGGCCCAGCCCGAGAGAGGCUGGCCCUGCAUGUCCUCAGAAACCAGGGAUUGGCACCAGAGCAUGUGGAGACCAGAACCCUAUACAGCUCCCACCAACCCAACCUGUCUCAGGGACAGAUUCAAAUGUGGGUGGACAUUUUCCCCAAGAGCCUUGGUUUGCCAGGGCCCCCAUGUGAUAUCACUCCACGCAAAGCCAAGAAGUAUGUCCUGCGAGCCAUCAUUUGGAACACAACGGAUGUUACUCUGGACGAAACAAGCAUCACUGGAGAAAACAUGAGUGACAUCUACGUUAAAGGAUGGAUGCUGGGUAUGGAAGACAACAAGCAGAAGACUGAUGUACACUACAGAUCUUUGGAUGGGGAUGGAAAUUUCAACUGGCGGUAUAUCUUUGAUUUUGACUACCUGCCUGCAGAACAGCUGUGCGUGGUCUCAAAAAAGGAACAUUUUUGGAAUCUGGACAAAACCGAAUUUAGGAUUCCUCCUAAAUUGAUUGUCCAGAUAUGGGACAAUGACAAGUUCUCCAUGGAUGACUACUUAGGAUCCCUUGAACUGGACCUGCUCAAUCUGAUCUCUCCAGCUAAGAGCCCAGAAAAGUGCAGCCUGAAGAUGUUGCCUGGUAUGGCAGGUUCAGCCUCCUCCAAAAAACCACUGCCCAACUCACUCUUCUCCCAGAAGUCUGUACGAGGCUGGUGGCCAUGUGCUAUCGAGCAGGAUGGGAAACAUGUGCUUGGUGGGAAGGUCGAGAUGACACUGGAAAUAGUGGAAGAGAUGGAAAUGAUGGAGAGACCUGCUGGGAAAGGCAGAGAUGAACCAAACAUGAAUCCCAAACUGGACUCACCCAACCGGCCUGACACGUCCUUCUUCUGGUUUACAAACCCUUGCAAGACCAUGAAGUUCAUCAUUUGGCGCAGAUUCAAAUGUAUUUUCAUUGCAGCGAUUCUUCUAAUCCUGGUUUUGUUGUUCCUGGGGAUCCUGUUCUACUCUCUUCCUAACUACAUCUCAAUGAAGAUCGUGAAGCCUUUCUCCUAAGGAGCAUUGCAGAGAAGCUGUCUGUCUCUGCUGCAGAAACUACAGUCCUACUCACUGUUACCGAGCCUCAGAAAUAUGCAAUAACUUCCUUUGCUGAAACAUUAGCAGCAUGAUCUAGCAUGUUACUCUCUCAUAAUCGCACCCAAUGUACUUUGAUUUUUGCACUUUCAUUAUUGGUUACAGUAUAUUUCUUAUGUUGCAAAUCAUGUUCACUUUUAGACACCCCCCCCCCCCACCCCCCAAAAAAACCCAAUGAUGUCUAUUAUGUGUUUUAAUAAACUCUGUUUUAAACA